CUCUCCUAAAAGCGUACAGGUCCAUCUCGAUUUUUGCUCAGUCCUCUCGCUCGUUUAUUUAACUUCUGCUCAGUCCAUCUCGAUUUUUCUCCUCCGUCUUCCCACCAGACCACCGCCCACUCCCAGGUUCCACCACCACUUUCUUUUUCUUUUUCUUUUUCUGUUUUUUUUUUUUGCUAUUUCCUUCUCUAUUCUAUUGUACGCUGUUUCCUCGUGCUGUUACUGAGUACUAGUAGUAUUUAAUCCACACACGAUAAAGUGAUCAUAGAUGUCGCAAUGACGAUGGCUAGGGCGAAUGCAUUUAGGGGGACCUAUGUUACAUAUCCAACCUAAAUUCCACUUGUGAAUCGGACUCCAGGUUCGGGACAAAUUCUCAAGACACCUUUCUGACUACGGAAUACACUUUGUAGGUUAUAACUAAAUCUCAGGGUUGACGAACUCACAAAGAGUCUUGUUCGAGUUUUUCUUAUUCUAGUUAGUUGGCGAUUGGUAUGGAUCCGAGUUUUCUUGGGAUUCCGGCUUCUGCAAGAGGGAUUCGAUUGAGGAAUCAAAACCUGUCCACCUUUGGGGACUUGAAUCCAAAUGGACCCACAUUUGAGACUCUUUAUGUGGACCAGAAACGGGUGAAUCACGGCCUUACAACUAAAAAUGCCCCUCUCCAAUACAACUUUGAUGGAGGAGUAGAAUUCCUUCCCAGCGAUCCCUCCCCGAGUAACUUAACCUCAACUUCCAGUCUGGGUGUUGAGGAUGAUUUCAGUGAAGACCUUGAUUUUUCCGAUGCAGUUCUGCGGUACAUAAACCAGAUGCUUAUGGAAGAAGAUAUGGAGGAUAAGGCGUAUAUGCUUCAAGAAUCCUUGGAUCUCCAAGCAAAAGAAAAGUCUUUUUAUGAGGCCCUUGGCAAGAAGUACCCUCCUUCCCCUGAGCCGCAUCCUACUUUUAUCUUCCAAAAUGGUGCUAGCCCUGAUGAAUGCUUUUCUGGGGAUCAGUGUAACCUGACAAGUACAAGCAGCAAUCCUGGAAGUUACAUAGCAGAACCUAGUUCCCUGAACAACCUUGCUCAUUACGACGCUACCUCUCUUGUUCACUGUCACCGUGCUCAUCGUGCUCCAAGCUCAUCACUUAGCUCAUCAAUGGUGAAUAGCUUCCUGGACUCUCCGUCUAGUCCUCCUUAUGGGAGCCAUUCUGUUUGGAAUUUCAAGAAGGGUGUUGAAGAAGCUAGCAAGUUUCUUCCAGAUGGCAAUAAGUUGUUAAACUUCAGCAUCAAUGGGUUGUUUCCCCUGGAGCUGGCGGAAGAAAUUGAGGAGCCAAUACUUCAGGAAGAGGGAAGAGAUGACGUGAACUUCCUACCAACUGGGUCAAGGGGCAGGAAGAACCCUCAUGGCGGGGAUACAGAUUUAGAGGAGAGGAGUAGCAAGCUGGCAGCAGUUUUCACUGAAUCAACUGUGCGAUCAGAGGAGUUUGAUAUAGUCUUGCUUCAUAGCAUGGGAGAGGGUCAGGUUGCGCUGGCAGCUUAUCAAGAAAACUUGAGGACUGCCAAGAGCAAAGUUAUGCUUCAGAAUGGGCAACCGAAACUGAAGGGAUCUAGUGGGGGAAAGGGUCGUAGAAAGAAACAAAAUGUGAAGAAGCAGGUAAUAGAUUUAAGAACCCUCAUGAUUCAUUGUGCACAGGCUGUUGCUGCUGAUGACCAUAGGAGUGCAAAUGAGCUGCUCAAACAGAUCAGGCAGCAUGCUUCUCCUUUUGGUGAUGGGAAUCAAAGGUUAGCUCAUUGCUUUGCCCAAGGUCUUGAGGCACGGAUAGCUGGCACUGGUAGCCAGAUAUAUAAGGCCCUUGUGAAUAAAAGGACAUCUGCUGCUGAUUUCUUAAAAGCUUUUCAUCUAUAUCUAGCAUCAUGCCCAUUCAGGAAGAUCUCAAAUUUUGCUUCAAACAAAACAAUCAUGAUUGAAUCAAAAAAUGCCGUGAGGGUUCAUGUCAUAGAUUUUGGUAUCCUGUACGGUUUCCAGUGGCCCACCUUUUUUCAACGUAUUGCAGGAAGAGAGGGUGGCCCUCCGAAGGUUCGGAUUACAGGCAUAGAGUUUCCUCAACCUGGAUUCCGACCAGCAGAGCGCAUUCAGGAGACAGGUCAUCGUUUGGCAGAAUAUGCUAAGAUGUUUAAGGUGCCAUUCGAAUACAAUGCAGUAGCUAAGAAAUGGGAAACAAUCAAACUUGAGGAUCUUAAGAUUGAAGAGGGUGAAUUUGUUGUGGUGAAUUGUAUAUACCGAUCUAAGAACUUAUUUGAUGAGACUGUGGCUGUAGAGAGUUCAAGAACUAUCGUUCUUAAGCUGAUAAGAAGCAUUAAUCCAGAUAUCUUCAUCCAUGGGAUUGUGAAUGGAGCCUACAGUGCUCCCUUUUUUGUCACCCGCUUCCGAGAGGCUCUCUUCCACUUUUCAGCUCUUUUUGAUAUGCUUGAAACUAUUGUACCAAGGGAGAUUCCAGAAAGAACAUUAAUUGAGAAAGAAAUUUUUGGGAGAGAAGCUCUGAAUGUCAUAGCUUGCGAAGGUUGGGAGAGAGUUGAGAGGCCAGAAACAUAUAAGCAGUGGCAAGUCCGUAAUCUAAGGGCAGGCUUCAGGCAAAUCCCUCUAGAUCGGGAAAUCAUGAAAAAGGCAAUAGAAAAGGUGACGUCAGGUUACCACAAAGAUUUUGUCAUUGAUGAAGACAGUCAGUGGUUGCUGCUGGGAUGGAAAGGGCGAAUAAUUUAUUCCCUAUCUUGCUGGACACCUACUUAGAAAUCCCAAAAGUCCUGCACUUCUGGGAUUUGAACCCACCCUUCUGCAUGUAUUUAGUGCCAGUUCAAGUUUACGAGGGCAUGUCUGAUGAUCCUCAAAAGAGAUAGUACGGAACUUUACUUGGUUCCAGCAUUUACAGAGUAUAUACUUGGGCGAACCUUGAUUAAUGGAUAGCCCCACCUGGUGAGAUGAUCUUGACAAACUCGGCCGUUGGGGACGACACUUUGUUGUACAUUCAACGCUCUUGUUGGUUCAGUUUUUUUAAGGUUUUCAGCUUGUUACUCAGUCCAGGUCAACGUGGAGCGCUGAAAAAUUUGUGUAUUGAGUGCUGACGAAGAGCCUAAGUUGCUAAUGGCUGGAAGAUGGAAUCAGUUUGCAAUUAUUCAGUCUUGCUAUUUGUUAGACGAACCAGUUCAGCGCAAAAAAUUGAAAGAUGAUUCAAUGUAAUGCAUGAUUCCUUUAUAUUCGCAUGACACUUCGUCAAAUUUGCAUAUAUGAUUUAUUGUGAAACGUGAUUGCCCUGGCUACUUUUCCGCCAGGAAAUGUUUUAACUGGGAUGAUACUCAAUUUGUUUUACGAUUUUCAUUCCUUAA